CUACUUACACAGCGUGAGCGAGGUAAAGCGUCGUUGUUUCACCCCGGACUUAUUUUUGUAGCGACACAGCCAACAUGGACGCUGUUGUAGAGCAUUUGACAGAGGUGGAGGAAGCAGCGGAGGACGUCCUCACCACUAAACAGCAGAUUGUGGACUUGGACUCAAAGAGAAACAAGAACAGAGAGGCCCUGAACGCACUGAAAACUGAAAUGGCCGAUUCAGAGAAAGUGAAGGUUUGCUUUGGGAACAUGUUCAUCAAAUUCCCCAAGUCAAAGACAAGAGAGAUGAUUGAGAAAGACCAGGAGCAGCUGGAGAAGGAGAUUAACGACCUUCAUAAAGAACUGAAAGCAAAAGUCAACCAUCUCAAUGAGAUGCAAGGUAACCCUGAGCUGAGAGGCUACAAUCUCUCUCCUCUGUCCACUGGUGAAAUCAAAGCUAUGAACAGCAUUUUCAAGAUAUGAAGAUUUUCUGAGGACAUGAGCUUCACCUGCCACCUCUGAGCUGUAAUGUUUUAUCCUGUGGCUGAUGUGAUGACACCGUAAAUCAGAAUCCCGAUGGAGCCACUACAUCCUGACAUCUGUAUAUCCUGUCAUCCUUUUUUCAGCUUCUGUCAAACAUCGUAUUCUCAUUAUAAAACUUCACAAAGAUCAUUUAAGGUUGAAAGUACAUUUCAAUGUUCUCGCUAAUCUCUUAUUUGUUGAGGUUCUAUGCAAACUGUGGAUACGCAAUGUUAAUGAAAUUCCAUAUCACCAGAUAUGUGAUUUUAUAUAGUAUUGAUAGGCAGUAAAUAGGGAAAUUAUGAAUUAAUAAAAUAAACAACAUUUUUGCCAAGAAAUAAAAAGUAAUGUUGACCUUAUACUGCAAUAUAUAGCAGUAUUACAAUAAUAUUACACAACCAUAAAUAUUGAAUUAUUGUCAUCAUAUUUUACAUACAUUAUCAUCAACAGUUUUCAACCAGCUAAAUUAGCUGACUGCUUAAAAGUUGAUCUAACCACAGAAAGUGGUGUCCUGCAUCUGUAAAAACUGACGAGUGUGAAAAACCUGCAGUGGUGAUGCUUCUUUGGAAUCUCGCCUGGGUGACGCUGAGGCACCUACCUAGUGAAAACACUGCAAUGUCAAAAGCCUUCCAUCAACUGUUAGUGUCAUUGUAGCCAACAAUGACAUAACAGGAUACAUAACCAAAAAUACGUCAACAUAGAUAAAUUACUCCACACUGCAAACUGAAUGUGAGCUCACCCUUAGCAGUCAUUAAUAACCCUUCAUUUCCCAGUGUGCACAACAAUAGAUCACAAUCAGUUUAUAAACUGAUGGUGUUUGGCUACCUUUGUCGGUACAAUGUUACAACCAACAAUGGACCUGAGCAGAAUAACUGACUAUAUAAUAUAUAUAUAUAUAGUUUGUGGUCCAGUGAAAAAUCAAUACAGGCUGGUUCAUAGUCACAAGAUGGCAGUGCAGUGAAGGUGUACAGCGCAGACAUGGCGCCUUGAUAUCACCUUCUGCCUCCAUAGCCUCACAACCAGUCUUUGUUCUCUGGGAGUAUCACUGCACUGCCUGACACAUUAUGUAAUACACACCAGUUAUGUGGCUAGGUAUUGACUGAAAUUUGUAAAUGAAGAUUUGAUUUUGUGGUGUGUGAAAAAAAAAUCUUUAUUGUAUAAAACGUCAUUGUUUGCAUCCUGUUUGAAAGUUAGGAAUUAUAUUGCCUUUAUGUUUUGUCCUCUUUAUAUUCACCCUCCAAUCUUUGAAUAAAUGUAUUUUUACCAUUUG